AUGAAAUUCGAAAAUGUUAAAGUUACAAAGAAACGAGAUUAUUGUUUCUAUCUGAUACGACCAGGUGUCAUAAUUUCUUUUACUUUAUGGAUUAUAGAAGCAAUUGCCUUAUCGGUAAAAUUCUUAUAUGGUUCAUUUGAUUCAUUGGAAGAAGACGAAGUAUCGAGGAGCAUCGAUGAUUGUGUCCUUGCACUUUGUAUUAUUGUUUAUCAUGAGCAUACUUGGUCAUGCUUCGUUAAUUAUUUAUUCAUGGUAUUAAUUGUCACGUCGUUGAUUAACAAAAAAAGACAUUGUAAAGAUAAUCAAAAUUGCCUUAAUUAUGUAAAUACUGGUUUAUUUUGGUUGGGUCUUGCCGUGUUCCUUCAAAUUACUCUGCACGUAAAUAAAGCAGAGAGAGUUAUCAAUCGUUCAUCUAAUAAUUUAAUUGGACCUAGUUUAAUGAAGAUUAAAAUUGACAAAGAAUAUGAUCUUACUGAUCAAACUGUAUAG